AUGCUCUCAUCCCCUCAAAAGAAAACCGCCUAUAUGAGAAAAGAAGCUAGCUGGCGAAAGAUGCUCCUCUGCCAGCCGCCCGUAAACGGAGGCGUCACCGCCUUCAAAAUGCAUCAUAGGAUGGGCGGGGACUCGUAUAUUUGUUAUAACGUCCCGCGAAAAUCCCAAAAGACUACCCUGAGAAUGGGCCACUUCUUCAUAACCCUAACACAGAGUCCUGACCUCUACUUUGGCCGCUUCGGCCUUACGCGCAUCUACUGGUCCGCUUACGUCCCGCCCUACGAGCCCAGCCCCGACAGCAGGGGUGGUGGCACCUACCCGCCGCACGAGGGGUCGUACGACCCAACGGUGAUAAAGGCUUUUGCUAAGGCGUUCGAGAAAUCCGAGACUGUCGUAUUCUCGAGGGAGACGAUUCAGUGCUCUGUUGGAAGGGAGCGCGAGCUAACCGAUGAGGAGAGUUUGCGGGAGGAGAUUGCUGAGGCUGAGACUGAAGGUUCUAAAGGAGGAGGCAAAUGA